CCUGGCACCGAGCGGCGGGGAGGGGAGGUGAGGCGAGGCGGCGGUGCCAGCUGGCAGGCCGGGCGGGCACAGGCGCCGUGACGGGCGGCGGCCGCUCCCCUCGCCGUCUGAUUGGGGCUCGGGGUCGCCGCUGGCAGCCGCUGGGCGGAGCACUGGGCCUGGGCUUGCGGGGGCCGAAGGAUACAAAGUAUCGGGGCCGGAGAAAGGAGGAGCUCGGCGGGGAGGGGGGGGGGACAGAAAGAAAAGGGGGGGGAUACAAAGUAUCGGCCGAUCGGCGGCGGGGGAUACGAAGUAUCGGCCGAUCGGCGGCGGGGGAUACAAAGUAUCGGCCGAUCGGCGGCGGGGGAUACAAAGUAUCGGCCGACCUGCGGCGGGGGAUACGAAGUAUCGGCCGGCGAAGCGGGCGCGAUCGGCGGCCUGGGAGAUACAAAGUAUCGAGAGGCAGAAGGCAGGCCCGGCGAAGGGGAGAUUGCAGGGCGGCCUCUCCGAGGCUCGGAGCCCGAGCUCCGGCGGGCGACCAUGGGCGAGACCAAGAUCAUCUACCACAUCGACGAGCAGGAGACGCCGUACCUGGUGAAGCUGCCGCUGGCCGCCGAGCGCGUCACCCUGGCCGACUUCAAGCAGGUGCUGAACAAACCCAACUACAAGUUUUUCUUCAAAUCCAUGGACCAGGACUUCGGGGUGGUAAAGGAAGAGAUAUCUGAUGACAAUGCCAAGUUGCCCUGCUUCAAUGGCCGUGUGGUAUCAUGGCUGGUGUCAGCUGAAGGUUCCCACUCGGACUCUGGAUCCAUGUGUGCGGACAACCAGUCAGAUCUGCCGCCCCCCAUCGAGCGGACAGGAGGAAUUGGAGACUCAAGACCCCCCUCGUUCCACGCGAACGCAGCCGGGAGUCAGGACAACCUGGACAACGAGACGGAGACGGAGUCAGUGGUCUCGUCGCGAAAGGAGAGGCUACGCCGGAAGGAAGGGCACGAGCACGUUCCCCGGGUCAAUGGCCACACGAAGAUGGAGAGGCGGCAUGAGAUUGGUGGCUAUGAGAGCUCCUCCACACUGAUGAGCAGCGAGCUCGAAUCCACAAGCUUUUUUGACUCAGAUGAAGAUGACUCGACGAGCAGGUUCAGCAGCUCCACGGAACAGAGCAACUCGUCCAAACUCAUGCGGCGACACAAGCGGCGACGGCGGAAGCCUCGGAUCCCCCGCAUCGAGAGGUCCUCAUCCUUCAGCAGCAUCACAGACUCCACCAUGUCCCUCAACAUCAUCACUGUCACUUUAAACAUGGAGAAAUACAACUUCCUUGGAAUCAGCAUCGUGGGUCAGAGCAACGAGAGAGGUGACGGAGGGAUUUACAUCGGAUCCAUCAUGAAGGGAGGGGCUGUGGCCGCAGAUGGGCGAAUCGAACCUGGAGACAUGUUGCUACAGGUUAAUGACAUAAACUUUGAGAACAUGAGCAAUGACGACGCAGUCCGGGUUCUGAGGGAAAUCGUGCACAAACCUGGGCCCAUCACACUGACUGUUGCCAAAUGUUGGGACCCCACUCCUCGUGCCUGCUUCACGCUUCCCAGAAGUGAGCCCAUCCGCCCCAUUGACCCAGCAGCUUGGGUUUCGCACACAGCGGCCAUGACUGGAGCCUAUCAGCCUUAUGGUAUGAGCCCUUCCAUGAGCACCAUUACUUCCACCAGCUCUUCCAUCACCAGCUCCAUUCCAGAAACCGAACGGUUCGACGAUUUUCAUCUAUCGAUUCACAGCGACAUCGUCACCAUCGUCAAGGCCAUGGCAUCUCCAGAAUCAGGCCUGGAAGUCCGUGACCGAAUGUGGCUUAAAAUAACAAUCCCAAACGCUUUCAUUGGUUCUGACGUCGUCGACUGGCUUUACAAUCACGUUGAAGGUUUUCCAGACAGGCGAGAAGCCCGAAAAUAUGCCAGCAACCUCCUUAAAGCUGGCUACAUCCGACACACCGUGAACAAAAUAACCUUCUCCGAGCAGUGCUACUACAUCUUCGGGGACCUCUGUGGCAAUAUGGCUAACCUAACCUUACACGACCAUGACGGAUCCAGCGGCGCUUCCGAUCAGGAUACGCUGGCACCUCUGCCCCAUCCGGGGGCAGCGCCCUGGCCCAUCGCCUUCCCUUACCAGUACCCACCCCAGCACCCCUACAACCCGCAGCCACCGGGCUACCACGACGUCACGGGAUUUACCUAUGGAGGGGGCAGCGCUGGCAGCCAGCCCAGUGAAGGGAGUCGGAGUAGUGGAUCCAACCGCAGCGGGAGCGAGAGGCGGGGGGGAAAGGAGAAGGAGGCCAAAGCUGGCGAUCCCAAAUCCGGGGGCAGCGGCAGCGAGUCGGACCACACCACGCGGAGCGGCCUCCGGCGAGAGCGAGCAGCCAGCGAGCGCUCGGCCCCCGCCAGCGAGCACAGUCACCACAGCAACCUCAGCCACCGCAGCCAUCACUCCAUGGCCGCCAGCGUCCGCAGUCACCACACGCACCAGUCGUACGGGGCACCAGGCCUGCCUCCCCUCUACACCCCGCCCCUAAUGAUGACGCCCCCACAGUCCGCCGCUGCACCCCCUGGGGCACCGCCAGUCCGCGACCUGGCCUCGGUGCCCCCAGAACUAACGGCCAGCAGACAGUCCUUCAGAAUGGCAAUGGGCAACCCCAGUGAGUUCUUUGUGGAUGUCAUGUGACUUGUUUCCUUCAUCCUUUGUAAAGAAAGCAUCAUCUGCGCUGUCGUCUUACUAAAAGCAGAACAACUAAAAUGCGGACCCGCGUGUGAUGAAGUAGCACAUUUGGAGUGUGAACAGGAUUGUAUUUAUUCAGCACUAAUCUUGCAAGAUUUAUCACCAUAAAUACUUGUUUUGCUUCCCUUGCCCCUCCCCACCCUGCCCUGCAACCCCUGACCCCUUAUAAAACUGGACUGCAUUUGUAAGUGGACAAUACCCUGUCUGUUUGCCUCUUUUAACACUUUCUUCAUUGUACGGUUUUGUUUUUUUUAAAAAAACAAACAAUAUUCUGCAUCUAUUGAGAGUUUGUUGUAAAACCAACAGUCAUUUCCCAUCUUAUUUUCCUUUGAACUAAUCUCCUGAACCUCUCGUGUGUUUCUUUCCUUGUCAUGCAGCAAAGAAUGAAGGGGUGUUUGAUUUUCUCUGAAGCCAACUGGUAAGCAGUUGGUGCAGUGAGGUGAAAAGUCAUCUGCCGGAUUGUGUCAGUCCUCUGUGCCUGGCGUGACAGUCACUUUUUUUCAUAGUCUGGUCACCAGACAGAAGGAGAAAGUGGGCAGCCCCAGAGAGCAAGGAAGAGCAUAGAAGAGUUGGUUGAUUUUCCUUCCUUAUGUUAAACUUGGUCAUUAAGUGUAUGAUUAUGAAUUGCAUCAUAAACUCCUUCAAGGAAACACCGCAAGCCUUAUAAUUCACAUAGGAACAAACGAAAAACUGUCCAACAAUGAAAUCAUGUUCUAGAGCUUCUGAUGUUUGUGUUUUGUGUAAAAUUCUUCCUUUUAUGAAUAAUGUUUCAUGGCUUGAGUUUGUGGGAAAUGAAGUCAAGGCAGUUUGGAUCAAAGCACAACAUCGACACCCCAGGCCCCUCCUUCCCAAACCUCUACCCCACCCCACCCUCCCCUCUCCAGCUGUUGCCGUUCAGGAACUGGCAAAAGUAAAAGGUACCUAAUGAUGAAUGAAGCCUCACUACAGUCAGAGCAGCAAGUAGAAAGAUCGUAGAAUCAGAUCCCUCAGGAACAACCCAACGGACUCUCCGUACGGAGGACGAAGACUCCCUCAGACAAUGAAGGGCAGCUGCACUAAUAUCUCACAAUCUAUAAACCUCUCCAUUCGCUCACUGAAUCUUAAAUUGAAUAAGAGAAAUAUAUAACUCGGAGAUGAGAUGUGACCCUGAAUGAUGGUUUUGUAGCUGAAAGUUGCAUUGUAUACUUUAAUAAAAUGGUUCUAGAUGA